ACAAAACUCUCAUUGACGUUUUAAACAGUUUUUAAACAUUUUACAUCAUUUCUGGAUUUGUUGCAAGCUGUUGAAGAAAAUGUUUAAUGUGAUUUUGUUCUGUUUGUGGAGUCUGUCUGGUGUGUUUAGUGAGUCUGUGUCAGUGACUGAAGGAGAUUCUGUCACUCUGUCUGUGAAUCUCACUGAAGUGAAAGAUAAAAUCUCAUGGAAGUUUGGAGCUCAAGAAGUUGUCAUAGCUGAGAUCAAUGUAGUGCACGAUAACAUGAGAUUAUAUGAAGAGAGACCUGACGGGAGAUUUAGAGACAGACUGAAGCUGGAUCAAACUGGAUCUCUCAUCAUCACAAACAUCACAAACACACACUCUGGACUUUAUAAAGUCAUCAACACCAACACAGGAAAACAACUCAAUAUAUUCAACAUUACUGCCAACGCUCAUCUGUCUGUUCCUGUCAUCACCAGAGACUCUUCAUCAUCGAGCUCAAAGUGUUCAGUGUUGUGUUUAGCGGUGAAUGUGUCACAUGUGAGUCUCUCCUGGUACAAAGGAAAGAGUUUAUUGUCCAGCAUCAGUGUGUCUGAACACAGUAACAUCAACAUCUCUCUUCAUCUGGAGUGUCUGGAUGAUUCUUACACAUGUGUAGUGAACAAUCUCAUCACAAACCAGACUCAACAUCUCAACACUGAUGUCUGUCACAAGUGUUCAGUAACUUAUAUAAGACGGGUCAAAGAUGCGACAGACUUGUUUGUACUGUGACUUGUGCUGGAUAUGACGUCUUCACUCUGGACUUUAUAAAGUCAUCAACACCAACACAGGAAAACAACUCAAUAUAUUCAACAUUACUGUCUAUGCUCGUCUGCCUGUUCCUGUCAUCUCAAACUCUUCAUCAUCUUCAGUGUCUUCAUUGUCAACUUGUUUAGUGUUGUGUUCAGUGAUGAAUGUGUCACAUGUGAGUCUCUCCUGGUACAAAGGAAAGAGUUUAUUGUCCAGCAUCAGUGUGUCUGAACACAGUAACAUCAACAUCUCUCUUCAUCUGGAGUGUCUGGAUGAUUCUUACACAUGUGUGAUCAACAAUCCCAUCACAAACCAGACUCAACAUCUCAACACUGAUGUCUGUCACAAGUGUUCAGAUGUCUCUGAAGAAGACCACAUCUUCAAGUGUACGUUUACUGAAGCUGUGAUCCGAUUGGUCGUCUCUGCCCUGGUGGGUGUGGCUGCUGUUGCUGUUGUUGUUUAUGAUGUAAGAUCCAGAAGAGAUGAACAGAAGAAGAAGAGAUCAUAUCAGAAGAUAAGAUCAGACAUUGAGUUAAACACACUUGAUUCAGCUGGGUGUUAGAGUUGGGUGUCAUUUGAUUGAUCAAUUCUGAGUCUGAUUGUUUAAAUUUCAAGUGUUAAAACUGAAACAUUACACCAAACAUUACACAUCAAGAUAUAUAGUCACAUAGCAUCUUCAUUGACUGCUUUGCAAAUAAUAGCCUGUGAGCAGUGUUUUGAGGAGAAACGUUCAGUUUUAUCCAUUCUGUCAGAUAACUGUGUUAAGAGAUAAAAUACUGAAUCUCAGUUUAAG